AUUGUCUAGCAGAAGGGACGGGGGAAGAAAUCUGCUGAUUUGGACCGUCCGUCUGAUUUUAACAUCAAAAUGCUACACCAAGCAGAGGUGCACGAGGCACACUGAGGCAGGAUGAGGACAGUCCUAACCAAACAGCGCUGAUCUCUACAAAUGGAGGUGUUGCUGUGAUCUGCAUGGCUGCCUCUUUCCCCUCCAGCAGCAGAAUGGAUGCAUGGUCACAGAGGCGUGGUCUGCAGACUAUGAACCUGCGGUCCGUGUUUACAGCUGAACAGCAAAGGAUCCUGGAACGUUACUAUGACAAUGGGAUGACCAAUCAGAGCAAGGCGUGCUUCCAGAUGAUACUGCAAUGUGCCCAGGAGGCCAAACUGGACUUCAGUGUGGUCCGGACUUGGGUUGGCAACAAAAGGCGAAAACUUGCCUCAAAAGUAGAUCAGAAUGGAAAUGUGUCUCAGUCCCUGUCUGGUCAUGGAAUAGCUGGAGGACUGCUAUCGAAUCCUGCGUUGGCUGGAAGUGCACUGUCCAAUCAUGGUCUGGGAACAGGGGCGCUGCUUCCUGUCGACAUAGCUGUGGCACGAAACAUCCCGAAUCGUGUGCAUCUUCUUCCUCCAUCUUCCUCUUUCCCUUCUUUCUCAUCAGCAUCUUCCUCCUCCUCCUCGUCCUCUCCCCUCAGCAGUGGCAGCAACAACAACAACAAUGAUGUGAUCCUGACUGGGAUCUACUCCUUGAACUCUGUCCCUCGCUGCCGAACAAGACCCACUGCCCCCCAAUCUCAGUCCGACUCUGAGCUUUCAGUCCACACGUCUUCAUCUUUAAUUAACCAGGUGUUUCAGAACAGGACCAGUUCCACUUCCUUGCCCAUCCAGUCCAAGGUCUUGUCCCUCCCUCAGACUCUCCCACCCCUCACAUCUGCCUCAGGACCUUUAGUCUACACUGCUGUCAGAAAGGGCACUUUAUCCUCUGGAGAGGGUGGGGUAAGUGCUUCUACAGGACUCGUACCUCACAGCUGGACUAGACAGUAUGGUACGACACAACCCCACCCAUGGUCUUCUUCCUCACAGGCUCAGCCCAGACCUCACUCCAACCCACAACCUCAACUGCCCCCUCCACAGAGACCCCGGGUCUCUGUCCCAGCCCCAAACGCCAGCCCCUCUUCCGAACAGACACCUCGUAUUCAGCAGGUCUUCACCCUGUCAGGAAAGUGUGAGGAGGAUCGGCUUAGAUCCGGGAACCCCUCUGCUCCAAGAAGCCAGGAGACUCACAGACCAACACCUCGCCCUCUGGACGCUAGUCAUAACUUCUCUAUUGCCAUGGAAACUGGAAAUGAAGAAGAUGAGUGGCAGAAGGAAGAGGAGUUGGCAAAUAUGGCUGCUCAAACACACAUCCACAGGGAGCAGACGUUAGCCAGCCCAACAGGAGCUGGAGUGUCUGUUGUGAGAGGAAGAAGCACUUCUCCUCCAACCAGCUCCAAACCUGCUGUGCUUCACGGGAAUGCAACACUUCAGGGCAGCUACUCCCUCAUAGUCCAGACCUCACCUUCAAGAGAAUCUAGUUCUCAGACCUCACUUGGCAUUUCUGCAGCCCCCUGGGUUAUGAGCAACUCUAGAAAGAGAACUACAUGGAUCAGCAACAGACGGAGGAAGUACCGUCUGAUGGGCAUUGAAAUCCCCCCUCCUAAAGGUGGACCUGCUGUAUUCACAAGCUCCUCUCCAGGAGACCAGUCUCCGCUGACCCUCAGCCCAGACGGCGAGCAGCUCAGGAUGCCUGAUCUGGUUGAUGAGUUGAACGAUGGAGAGUCUGUGUGCAUGUCUGAGGAUGGGACCGUGGACUCUCAACACAGAGACGGAGAUGAUGAACCAGAUGUGUCCUCUGCUCCUCUGCUGCUCGAUAAUGUGAAGAUAGAAGCAAUCGACGAAGAUGAAGAAGCUGACGAAGACUUUGUGACUUCAGACCUCGAGCAAAUGCAGAAUCUGCUGGAAUUCAAGCACGAGGAAGUGCAGUUCUUGGAGAACGAGCUAGAGAACCAAAAACAAAAAUACCAGCAGCUUGUAGACUUCACGAAGAGCCUGCUCAGUGCUGUGAGGAACAACGACCUGGAGAGACAGCAGGAACUUUUAGCCAGUCUACCUCAUCCUUCAGACCAGGACUUGGAUCUGACUGUGGAGAGGGGAGCCCAGUCAGAUGCAAUGUCCAACCACAACCUCCAGGCAGAUGGCUCGAGCUGCACACAUCCUCCACAGGUCCAGACAAACGAAGAAUUCCUGAUAGUUGCCGUGAACGAAGAUCACACAACAGCUGAAGCUGCUAAGCCCUCUGCAUCAGAGGAGCAGAAGUGACUGUUUCUAUCAGCACACACACACUCUGGAUGUUCACACUCCACACCGAGCGCUCUUACACAGGAAGGACUGAAGGGUCCAACAGGAACAGAAACUCUGGUAAAUUCGUGCACAGUGCCUGAGGACUGACGCUUCACUACGACUG